CACAUAGAUAUUUUAAUUAAUUAGUUACUAAUGUAUACAACUCCAUCCAAAAUUAAACACUCUAAUAAUUAAAAAAUAAAUCUAAAACAAAAUUCAAAUUAAAAUCAAACACUAAUCUAAAAUAAAAUUCAACAGCAACAGCAACAGCAACAGCAACAGCAACAGCAACAGCCCAAACUAGAAAUGAAAUUGCGGAGUUAUGAUGAAUCAAGAGAAGCUGCGGUGCAGCGACAACUUAUAGUAGACUUAUUUUGUUGGCCGUUUGACGAUUUGAGGUGGGAGAUGAGGAAGUUGGCGCGUGCAACUGCAGGACAUGCUGAAAAAUCUAUGAAAGUUGUUUCAAACUUCGCCAAUAAGAUCACCCACAAAUUUAACCAAUUACACCAACCUAAACCUAAUGUUCCCAAUACAAGUAAGGUAAUGAAGAUGAAAAAAAGCAAUCGCUCAGAAGUCGAAAAUAAAGCAAGUAAUCAUAAGGAUUCUGUUGUUACCAAAGGAAAGGAGCUUGACAAGGAUAAUAUAACAAAGCAACAUUUAUACCAGACUAAGAUUAAAAUCGGAAAGUAUACUGCAAGCUUUACCAUACAGACCAAGGUCAAGAGACAGUAGUGCAGAUUAAAAUCAGAAAGUUAGUGUUUGAAUAGUGCGAAAGUACAUAAGAGUAGUUUGUUAGUUUUCUUUUCUAGCUAGCUUAUGAGGUUCAGCAAUAUUUUGUGUGAUAGAUAUGUGAGUUGAAACCUUGUAAUUCAUGUGCAUUAUAAAUUCUCAACUUGUGAAUACAUUUUACCAUA